GGUUUCUUGCCCCUGAUAGGGUUUUCUGGAAGGGAGCGAUCGUGCAACGAUUUCUCGCAUCGCAAGCGCUGGCCGCGUUCCAGCUCGAGAUUGAUGGUGAGGCAAAAAUCCGUGGGUGAGGAGUCUCCCGACGACGAGGAGGACGAUCGCGGCAUUGUGAUUUCUUAGCAGGCCAGCUUCCGCGCUGCGCCAUAGCGCUUCACCGGCAGAACUUUCAAUCGCCUGCUUGCUCAUCCCGGCAAGCGAGCGACAGGGGCAAUGGUGCUACAGUGGGCGACCAAGCGCUUGUGCAAAUUUCUGCUCAAGCGUCUCAAUAGGUUCUUAAACGAGGAGAUCGAUGUGGAGCAGCUGGACGUGCAGCUGGGCAGUGGCACAGGGACGCUCACGGAUCUCGUCCUCAACGUCGAUUACGUGAACGAUCAGAUAAAGAGCUUGCCAUUGAUCCUGAAGUAUGGCUCCAUUGCGAGGAUAGUCGUGAGGCUUCCGUGUGAGAUCGAGGUGAAGGGAUUGGAGCUUUUGGUGGCUCCUCGUCAAAGUGGUGAGUCGAGGCCAGGUUCCAGCACGAAUGGAGGCGGCCUGGGGUGUAGUAGUAGCCAGCUGCCUGGUAUUAGCAGCAGCGACACAGGUGUUCCGACGUACUUGGGAGUGAGUGAUGGAGUCCGGAUCAUAGGCCAGAUGAUCAAGAACCUUUUGCUCGGCCUUCGAGUGAACGUUGAUGCUGUCACGGUUGGGAUAGAAGGAAAUGCUGGCUCGGAGAGCUAUGUCACGUUCCAGGUGCCGUCUUUGAAGUAUGGCUAUGAAGCUGCGAAAGAUGGCGAGUCCUCCAACCUGGUGAAAGUUAUUGAGUUCGAGAGAGCUUCGGUGGAUGUUGGGACGGAGAAGAAAGUGCGUCUCUUGGGAACGAACGGGCUGUCUGGCUCCAUUCAAGUGACUCUUCCAUGCAAGGAAGCGGCAGCGUUGGCAUUGUCGAAGAUUGAGUUUGACAUCUCCGUGGAGCCUGUUCAGCUGGAGGCGUCAGUGGAAGACGUAAACCACCUCGUCUCUGUAGCGCAUUCUUACGUGCCUUCCGAUUUUGCUGAUCAGUCCGUCUACCAUGACACAAGCAGCUUCUACGAGUCUGCUAUCCAGGGACAGAGGUCGUCAAUGUUUGAUGGCAAAGGCUUUGAUUCUUUUCCUUCGACGAGCAAGUCUACGCUCUCUGUGAUUGCCGAUUGGAUGUGGAAGCCUGAGUUUUCCGAGCCUGAUCUCGCCGCAAGUAUGGACGAGUUUUUUGAAUGCUUUGACGCUUGGAAUCAAAGCGCGACGAGCAGCGGUAUUUGGAACUGGACUCGAUCAGCAUUUGGUGCGGCGUCAGUAUCGGACUUAGCUGGAACUUCACAAGAGAUACAAAUGGAAUGCUCGAUUACUGCUAGGUUUUCUUCCUUGUCUGCUACCUUGCUGUACGACAAAGUCCCGGAUGGACUACAAUUGGUAUUUAAAGAUGCAACCCUGCAUACUCUUCUAUCUGGAGAAGAAUCCAGAGUCGAUGCGGACGUGAUGCUCAUCGAGGCUACUCAAUUGGGGCCAUCAGUUAUGCAGAAGCAGUGCUUUGACAGUAUAUCACAGAUGGUGCUACCUGGUUUCCCUAUUAGCCUUCACGGUGGCCGUGGGAUGAAGGUUUUCAAAGUAGCAUCUUCUCCUGGAAGUCCUGCAGUACACUUGGCUCUAAAAAAGUAUCAUCGGGCUGGUUCCGGAAACGCAAGCUUCAUUGGCACUAAAGUUUCGCUCGUUCUGCAACCUGUGGUACUGUGGGCUGAUGUUGAUAAUCUGAAGAAGUUGGCCCAGACUCUUGAUCGGGUUCAAGCUUCUUCAGAGGGUAGCAACAGGCAAGAGGAAGACGUUGGAAAUCCCGUCAGAAGUAACUGCAAAUUGAACUUAUCGGUACUGUCAGUGAGAACAUUCCUGACUGCGGCUAACAGGGGAAAGGCUGGAUUUCUCUUAGACGUCGGACUCACCAGUGAGCGAGAAGCUCAAGUCUUCGUCUAUGAACAUCAGAAAGGAAGCAGGGGGGAGCUUCAAAGCGUAACUUUGGCAGUUACCGACGGCAUGCUCUACUCGAUAUCCAGCUCAACUUACGCUGAAGUUGUCAGACUACGAAGUGAUAGUCAGGGAAAAGCAUGCGUAACUAUCAAGUGGACCGAGAACAAGACUGGGCCAAGGAUUGCCAGGAAGAUCUGGGAUGGGAUUGCUGCAACCAAGAAAAAACAUGCAGGAUCCGGAAGACACAACUUCGACUAUGCGUCAGCUACUGCUUUGAGUUCAGACUCUACUUCUGCAACGGUGGAGCUUCUCACGGCAACGUCCUCUUCGAACGUACACAUCUCUCUUCCACGUCUCCGCUUCACUUUCUCGGACCAACCUGCAGUCUUCGAGCUCUUGGCAUGUCUCACAAGUUCGGAGCCGGAUGCGUCCUCCUGUACUAAACAGGUUGCACAGAUGGUACUCACACUUGAAGUUCGUGAAGUCCAAGCUGUCGUCGGUGUCUCUCGAUUUGUCGACACUUCUAGCAAAGGGGUGAGACUGGCGGACUUCUUGCAACUCAAAAGUUCAAGGCUCAAGCUUGUUGCUGGGGUGGCUCUAGGUGGAGAUCCAGGCGCUUUAUAUCUCCAUAUUAAUCUUGGUGAAGGGGAAAUCCGCGAAGGCGGCCGCAACGCCGAGCUGGUCUGCUGGAAAGCAUCCGCUAUUGGUCGUGGUGAUGGUGGAGCACAGAACGCACUCUCGCGCGGCACUGCAGGACUGAGCAUGAACUUGGUAGCUUGGCCUGGCAACGGACAAGAACCGGACGUGCUCGUAACAGGUUGCAUGCGUGGUGCUACUAUUUUCACUAAAGGUGGUAACUUUGACUGGGUACCGGCCGUGGUGAAGUUCUUGGAAGAAUGCAAAGGGGCGUUCCAAAGGAUGGAUUGCGACCAGCAAGUUGAACCUUCCCGACGGCCAUACUUUCUGUUUGAUCUUCACGACGUAGCGUUGGUCUACGAACCAGUUGGUCCGACGAGUUCAAUCUCGUGCGCUCUGGCUGCUGCUGCUUUACGGGUAUCUAGUGGUGAGGUUACCGACAGUGAUACGCAGGAGUAUUGUAUCUCUCUCAGAGAUCUGGGCCUUCACCUCGUGGACACGAAGUUGAGAAAGCCUGGCGAUAUGGGAGGUGCAUCACUACAACUGCUUGGCUUUGUUCAGGUAGCUAAGUCGUCAGUUGUUGGUGCUUUUGUUAAGCUUAGCAGCACCGACAAUCCGAGCUACGAAGUAAUAUCGGCUGAUAAUCAGCUCAACUUUGAUACAUGCUCCGAUACUAUUGCAGCGUUUGGUCGACUUGUGGCGGAUUUGCAACAACUAUUUGCUCCCGAUUUGCAACAGACCGUGGAACUACAACUCCGAACGAUGAAAGGAAAGUCGGCAGAGAAUAUGUCGUCCACGGGAGAUGAAGGAGACCAAACACUUGACCCUGCAGACAAACUCACAGACGGGUUAUUUGAGGGGCUGGUGGAAAACGCCUUUGGCUGUGCGAAAGUUCUUGAGGUGAAGCAGGUAGAGUGCUCGACGUCGAGUACAGUCCGUCAAGAAGCGUCAGUGAAGCUGGUUGCUACGAGAUCUCGUGGGGAAGCCUGUGAGCCCACUUUUAUCGAGGACUUCUUUGUGAUGGAGCAUGCGCCGCAUAUGAGCCCAACCUCUAGUCAAGAAAGCGAAACAGAAACAUCGACAUCUCAACACAGUGAUUCAGAGUCGAGAGGUAGCUGGUACCAAGAUUCUCCGGUGGAUGUUUUCGAUAAUCAUGUUCCCUUGGAGUGCGUCAGCCCGAGAAAGAAUGCCAGAAAGGAGGCGAACUAUCCGCAAGCUCUCGGCAGAGUGAUUCUCAAUGGCUUGAAAGUGCGGUGGAGACUAUAUGGAGGGUCGGACUGGCUGAAUGCAAGGCAAAGGGACCGCUGUGUGGAAGUUUCGGUCGUCGGAAUGGACGUCCAGUACGAUGCUUUUGCACCAACAGGGCUGUAUGCAUCCAGUCUUCUCGUGGAGAUUCACGACGUUCACGUUUACGACUAUAGUGUGGACGCGCGUUGGAAACUGAUCUUGGGCUAUUAUCACAAGCGGUCGCGUCCACGGGAGUCCACUUCUAAGGCUGUUGUAGUUCGUAUGGAUGCUGUGAGGCCAAAUCCCUUGGCUCCAUUGGAAGAAUACAGACUCUCUCUGGCGUUGUUGCCUAUAUGUCUACAUCUCGACCAAGCUCAUGUCGAUUUCUUUGGCAAAUUUUUUCAGUCGGAUACGAACACUGACGAUGCUUCUUCCUCUUUGCCUGGUGCAAAUGAAGAUGCAAUUUUACCAUUCUUUCAGGUGUGUGAAAUGCGACCCUUGAUAAUACGGGUCGAUUAUAUUCCGCGACGGCUGGAUUUUGGGGCCUUGAGAAGCGGGAAUUGUUUUGAGCUCUUUAAUAUGGUGUCCUGGAAGGGUGUGGAGCUCCAUCUCAAGUCUGUGCAUACGUCCGGGGUCUAUGGAUGGAGCAGUCUCAUGGGUUUGUUACUCGGUGAAUGGCUCGAGGAUAUAUUUCCCCGACAAGUCCACAAGCUACUGAGGGCCUUUGGACCAAUACGUCCUCUGUAUGCUGUAAGCUCCGGCGCUGCAAAGCUGAUAGUUUUCCCAACGGAGCAAUACAAGAAAGACAGAAGAUUUCUCCGGGGAAUGAGGAAAGGGGCUGUGGCUUUCCUUCAGAGCAUUUCUGUGGAGGCAUUGGGCCUGGGAGCAAAUUUGGCUGCUGGAGUCCAUCACAUUCUUUUGCAUACAGAGAUGGGCUUGGGCGGACGCAUACCUUCGGAUAGAAAGGAUGCGAGGCGCAAGUUCCAGCCAAGUGAUACUCGCGAGGGCUUCCAGCAGGCUUAUGAGAGCUUAGCUCAAGGUUUGGAACGAACAGCCAUUUCCUUGGUUGGGAAUCCCGUUAAAGUUUAUCAGCGAGGUGGAGGCGCGGGAGAAGCUCUUGCGAAUGCUAUCAAGGCUUCGCCAGCAGCAAUUCUUGCUCCUGCGUCCGCUACUGCGGACGCCGUACGUCAUGCAUUUCUGGGAGUUCGUAAUGGAAUGGAUCCCGAUCGAAAGCGAGAGUUCGACGAGAAACAUAGGGGGGAGUGGAGAUGAUUGUUGCUCGCUGUACACUCAUGGCAAUAGCUAGCUCAUUUCUGGAUUCGCUGCCAGAGCCAAUCUGGCCUGCUGAAAUCCCACUCAAGUCUACCGUGUAAAAAAAAUUCGAAGAACCCUGUUCAUAGCUGUGUUUUUCUUUCUUUUCCUGUAUAAACGUAAUUUGCUUUUCA